AUGGCUUCUAUCAAUAAUGGACAACAUCAAUGGUAUACAGUCUCUUGUGGUAAUUCUAUAUUUACAUUACCUGUACGAUAUCAAAAUAUAGCUCUUAUUGGACAAGGAACUUAUGGUAUUGUAGUUCGUGCCACUGAUACCGCAACAGGUAAAUAUGUAGCUAUUAAAAAACUUCUUCACCCAUUUCAAACUCACAUACAUGCAAAACGAACCUAUCGAGAACUUAAAUUACUUAUGUAUCUCAACCAUCCUGAUGCACAAGUUGUACAAUUGUACAAUGUAUUUACACCUGAACAAAAUGUGAAUGAUUUUCAAACAUUAUACUUCGUAUUAAAUUUUGUUGACCGUGAUUUGAAUCGAAUUAUAUUACAACGUAUGCCACUCACAGAGGAUCUUAUUAGACUAACUAUCUAUUCAAUUCUUCGUGGUUUGAAGUUUAUUCAUUCAGCUGAUAUUCUCCAUCGUGAUUUAAAACCAACAAAUAUUGGAGUUGAUCGAAAUAGCAAUGUUACAAUUCUUGAUUUUGGAUUAGCUCGUGUUGCAUCAAAUGGUGCUCAUACUGAAUAUGUUUCUACUAGAUGGUGGCGUGCACCAGAAAUAUAUCUCAAUGAGAAAAAAUACAAUGAAAAAGUUGAUGUAUGGUCGGUUGGUUGUAUCAUGGCUGAAUUAAUUCUACUUAAACCACUUUUUCCGGGAAAAGAUACAAUUGAUCAAUUAAAUAAAAUAUUUGAUAUUAUUGGUACACCGGAUCCAACAACAAUACAAAAGAUAUGUACAGCAGAAGCAUCUGCUUAUAUUAGUCAAAUGGAUCCUAAACCUAAAAGAGAUUUUAAUGAAUUGUUUGGUUUUAAAUAUGAUCCAUUAACAGGCACAAUAAUAUCGGGUAUUUCACCAGAAGGUAUCGAUUUGCUUGAUCGUCUUCUAUCUUUUGAUCCUGAUCAACGUCCAACUGCCGAAAAAGCUUUAGGUCAUCCGUUUUUAGGAUUUUAUCAUGAUCCAAUUGAUGAACCAACUAUAGGACCUAUGAUUGACGAACAUCAAAAUGCAGAAUAUAGUAAAGAGCAAUGGAAAUCUAUUGUAUGGCAAAUGGUUGAAGAAUUUUUACCACCAUCUUGGGUUAAUCAAGAUCUCAUUAAUGAUUCAUAA